CGGAGAGCUCAGUGGCUCCCCUGGAACUAUCGGGUACAAUGCUGAUGCGCUUGUUGACUUUCUAUCAAGUCAUGCCCCAUUUCGCCGACUUCAUAUGUUUGUAUGGGUCUCCUAACAGCGAGUCUGCAAACUUACGAUUCAGUGGGUUCAGAAGCAAGAAGGUGCUAAAGAACCCGACACCAGCGAUGUGUAUUCCUGUAAUGGAUCGCAGUGGGAGGCUUUUCCAACUGAGCUAUAACCUCAAGGCGGCUAGGCUUGGAGAAGUCAAUAAGACCUGGAAGUUCGAGCAAUACGCAAUCUAUCAUCACUUCGAUGUUGGUUCCGGGGUUCAGCUUUGAAUGAUUGGCGAUACUCACGGAGUAGCAAAGACACUCAUUGGAGAUCUUCUUCACGAGAAAACCACUCACCAGCGCAAGUUUGAAACAAUCGACCAAGCCCUGAGAUCGUCCCUUGACGCACACCUAGUGCUAGCGAGAUGGGCCACGUCUCGAUGGAGAUGGACUGUGCAAGACUUUGAAAAGACGAUCGACGACCUGACUCUAAAUAUUGUCUACAUCGAAAAGACUUCAGCCCAGGAGAAUUUUACUUCAGCCACUCUUGGCCAAGUGCAAAAGUGGGAGGAUAAAACAAACGAGACUGUGAUGAUAAUGGCUUCCAAUGUCAGCAUCUUGAAGCUGCUAAGGGAGUUCUACAAAGGACUCGUGCGUGAUGACGACUUCCCUAACCGAGAGCGAUGGGCUUGCCAGCAGGAAGUCAGUAACUAUGCUCUGCAAGUCGAUGAGGUCAUCGACGAGGCCGAAAUGCUUGUCUCGAGGGCAAAGGUGCUGGUGAAAGUAAUAGCAAAUAGGAAAGCAUCACUGAUGCAACAUCUUCAAGGUCAAACUGCUGAAGUUGCUUAUAAGUUGAACACCAGGAUGUUCGAGCAAGCCAACCAGAGCGCCACGGAAGCAGUUGCGAUGCGAAUUAUAACCGUCGUCACCUUGAUUUACCUUCCUGCAACCUUUUCUAGCACGUUCUUCAGUACAGACAUCAUCAAGUACCAAGACGGCGAAAGCUUCUCAUGGCCUGCGCUUGCUAGAUUCAUGCAGGUCACUUUUCCCUUAAUGUUUUUGACAUUUUUGAUCGCCGGUGGCUGGUUCUGGACGGAGUCGAAAAGGAGAUCCUCGAAAAUUGAGAGCAAAGAAAGGGGAGAUGUCAUAGUUGAACAGGGCCGUUGAUGUUCUAGAAAAUAGUUCAAGGUGAGUACAUAUGU